AACCCCUCUAAAAAAUUAGUAAAAUGGUAAAAGCUUGGGCACUAAGAGUGAGAACAAGGGUUUGAGUACAAGUGCAGCUGGGCAGAUACACUGCAAAUAAUGCUAAAGGAUAGGUCUAUGAUUAGUUCACCUCUUGCAGCUCUGUCCAUCAGUAUUGACCAGAAGAACUAGGAAUGGCCUGUUGUAUGGAUCAUCUUGAGUGGCCUAACUGUCAUUAUCAUGAACUAGUAAAACCUGCUUCAUGGUUAAAAAUUCUUCUGCAUGGUUUUUAAUUCUUGAAUGUUAUGGAAGUCUAUGACGAAUCAAGAGUUAAUAGAUAAUGGAAAUCAGAUGAUGGAUGAGACUGAUCAAGCCAUUGAGAGGUCAAAAAAGGUUGUCCAUGACACAAUUAAUGUUGGAACCGAUACUGCAGCAGCUCUGAAGGCGCAGACUGAACAAAUGAGUAGAAUUGUUAAUGAGUUGGACUCUAUCCAUUUCUCGAUCAAGAAGGCUUCUAAACUGGUGAAGGAAAUUGGUAGGCAGGUUGCAACUGAUAAGUGCAUUAUGGCCUUGCUCUUCCUUAUUGUGCUUGGAGUCGUAACUAUCAUUAUUGUAAAGCUUGUGAAUCCACACAACAAAGACAUUCGGGAUAUCCCAGGACUAGCCCCUCCUGUUCAGAGUCGGAGAUUACUUUGGAAAUGCUAGAAGUGGAACACCAUUAUACGAGUUUGUUGGCUGGAUCUUGGGUUGGUUAGCUCGGGACACCGUCUGAUUGGCUGACUUUCCUAAUUGCCAGACUCAAAAAAUCUUGUUGUAUCCAGUUGAGUAUAUCUUCAAUCCACAUGGUGUUUGUAUGUUCUACCAUUUUUUCCCCUUAAAUUAUCCCCCAUUUGAGCCCUGAAACAUGUAUAUUUACUAAUCAUUGUAUUUGUUCAUACAAGCAAAUUCUAAUUAUAUGAUGCCCAUUUCAUGUUUUGGCUACCAAA